GGAAGCUGGCAUGGGCGCGAAACGUGGUCAUAGCGGGAACUCUGUCGAUGUGUUUUCUUUUGGGUAUUGGCGAUAUCAGGUUAAAUUAGAUUAGCGUUUUCAUGUUUACUUUAAAGAAAGUAGCGGUAGUUGUUUACUUUAAAGGCUACCGACCGGCGCUCCCUACGGAUCUGGAACGGUACUCUUUGUUACCCGUCUGCCCUUCUGACUCUUGGUAGCUUUGACAUACGAUGCCAGGUGGUCUUGGACGUCCCAUUGAAUCCGGUGUCACAGAGGUUAGAGAAGACGCGAGGAACUCAAGUAGCAGGAGGACGAGAAAGUACAAACGUAAAGUGAAAAAGAAAGCAGCCUCGGUUGAAACGGACAGUGGGGAUAGAGCAGACCCAGUUGGAGUGGAGGGACGUUCCGUCGGGCUCAGUAUGCGGAAGAAGCUGCUGGUGGAUGUAGACUGCGGUGUGGACGACGCUCAGGCCAUCAUGUUGGCACUGGCUGUCCCCGACGUGGAUAUACUGGGCAUCACCUGCAGCCAUGGAAACACCACAGUGGAGAACGUGUGCAAGAACGUCCUGCGUGUCCUGCAGGCCUGUGAUAAACUGAUGAUUCCAGUGUUCAAAGGUGCUGAUAAACCCAUCCUUGGGAAGUGCAUAAGUGGAGGAGAUUUCCAUGGAAAAGAUGGGCUGGGGGAUGCCCCAGACCCCAAUGCUCCUGGUCUGGACAUAGUCCAGAAGGAGGGUGCAGUAUCUGCUAUUAUCCGCAUUGUCCAUGAGAACCCUGGAGAGGUGUCUCUGGUUUCCACAGCACCGCUCACCAACCUGGCUCUGACUGUGAGGUUGGAUCCGUCCCUACCUAGCAAACUUCGCAGUCUCUACAUCAUGGGAGGCAAUACAGAAUCACGUGGAAACACGACGAUAUGCUCAGAGUUCAACUUUGCAGCAGAUCCAGAAGCUGCUUACGUGGUCCUGAAUGACUAUCAGUGCCCCACAUACUUGGCCUGCUGGGAGUUCACCUGCAACAGCAAACUGCCCUGGGAAUUCUGUGAUGCCUGGUUGGCUCAGGAUACAAAGAAGGCCCGCUUCAUGUCAAAGAUCUCCAAACAAAGCAUUGACAGAGAUCGCUACCAGGAGUUUGUCGCUGGCUCAGGUUUUAUUUCAUGUGACUCCUACGCAAUGGCGGCCGCCGUCGAUGACUCCUUCAUCACCGAGAGUGACCAUUAUCCAGUCAGCGUUGAGCUGAUGGGCACACAUACCAGAGGCAUGAUGAUAUUAGAUACAUUGGGUUUGUUGAAAAAGUCUCACAAGGCUGUCAUCAUGAGGAAAGUGGAUAUGAAGAAGUUUGAGCAGAUGAUGAUGGACGCUUUGAAGUAAUAUCUAAGAGCUUUUUUCUCCUAUUCAUCAUUCCUUUUCACAUUUCACUUUUUUUUUUUACAAGGGUAUCAACUGUUCAGUUUCAGAGAAUGUUUUGACGUAUCUUAUCUGAUGAAAAAGUCAAACACACUAAUUGGGGCUAUAAUCUGGAAGUAUAUUGAAAUAAAAUAGUCAAAACACAAAUGUAGUCUGCGGAGGUGUAGCAAGUCGACUAGUCGGGAGGUUGAGUGAAUAGUCGACUAGUACGCGGUGGUGUAGCGGUCUAAGCAUCGGCUUUGUGCUGAUGCAGUUGCUCACUGGGGACCGGGGUUCACACCCCGGCCUUUUCAGAUCCAACUAUGGCCGGACUCGAUGAAGCAGCAAUAAUUGGCAACGCUGUCUUCGGGAGGGGGGGCGGGGUCGGCUUGUGUUUGUCACAUGAACGCGCCUCUGUGUGUCGGAAAAAGCAGCGGUUCGGCCUGGAGUCGCCUUGUCAUAAAAGUGGCGAGGCGUCUCCUUCCAGACUGCCGGCCGGAGAGAUGCAGUUGGCAAACGCAUACAGUAUGAGGGUGGGUGUUUGAACUAGAAUAGGGAGCAGUUGGCCACUAAAUUGGGAGAAAAAGGGAAAAAUCAAAUAAAUUUAAGGAAAAAAAAACCCAGAAGUGCAGUGCCUUCUGUGCACUCAGCUCCUUGAGUUGGUCCUCAAGGUCUGGCAGCUUGCUUAGGAUAUUACAUUGAAAUUCUGAUAUCUCAUCGUCAGCCGCUUCUCCGGGGUCAGGUCACGGUGGUAGCAAGCUAAGCAGGGCACUCCAGACGUCCCUCUCCCCGUCAACACCCUCCAGCUUCUCAUUGGGGAUCCCAAGUCAUUCCCAAGCUAGAUAGGAUAUGUAGUCCCUCCAGUGAGUUUUGGGUCUACCCCGGGGUCUUCUCCCAGGUGGACGUGCCCAGAAAACCUCCAAAGGAAGGCACCCAGGGGGCAAUCUAAUCAGAUGCCUGAACCACCUCAGCUGGAACCUUUCGACAUGAAGGAGCAGUGGCUCUUAUCCGAUCUCCCUCUGGAUAUCUGAGCUCCUCAACCUAUCUCUAAGGCUGAGCUCAGACACCUUAUUCGGUCGCUACCCAAAGCUCAUGACCGUAGAUGAGGGUUGGAAUGAAGAUCGACUGGGAAAUUGAGAGCUUUGCCUUCCAGUUCAGCUACCUCUUCACCACAACGGUCCGGUACAAUGUCCGCAUUACUCCUGAUGCUGCACCAAUCCGCCUGUCAAUGUCCUGCUUAUCCUGCCCUCACUCGUAAACAAGACCCCGAGAUAGGGCUGGGCGAUAUGGACCAAAAAUUAUAUCUCAGUAUUUUUAGGCGGAAUGGCGGUACAUGAUAUAUAUCUCAGUAUUUUCUACGACGCGGGCUAAAUGUUCAGUUGUUCAAAGCCACAUGUGAGAUGUCACAAGCACUUUUAUUAAAACAUCAAAAUAAAAUGCAAAGACGGUUUGCUUCACUGUUUUAAAAUAUACAGCUGCACAAUAUUAUCCACAUGUAAAUGAAAUAUUGUCUAAAACAAAUAGCCUAUAUUAAAUAAAAUUAGGUCUACCUCUGAGAAUGCAAACCGUAUUCCGUUUUGGAUUUUCAAAGUUUAAUUUUUUUGGGGGGGGGGUAUACAGACCUGCCGCUCCCUGAAUUCACCUAAAAUUACAUAUAUUUGCAUUUAAAACGAGUUUUAGAUCAAUUGCACAAAAAAAGUUACGAAGCUCUACCCAAAACCACCAUGAGCGGUCAAAAUGUAACUAUGACGUCAUGUCACUAUGACGUAUUUUGGUCGCAUCAUUUCCUUGCAAAGUUCAUUGCUCUGUCCCGCAAAAAAAAAAAACUAGCGUUCUCUAGUGCAGAGAAAUAGUCUAAAUUUGACUUUUGAUUAUUGCUAACAUGUCUGGUUACAGCCAUCGUUUCAGACGCACCAUGACUACCACCGACGCCUUGCAGUAUUUACAGGCGUUGGACAGUGACCAUUUUAAAUUGUUUGAAAAAUAGUAUUAAAAGUUGUUAGAAUUUUAAUUUUGAUGUCAGUUUCUUAACAGACAUACUAACAUAUGUAAUGCAUUAGUAUCUCAAUUGGGUAAUUAUCUUGACAAAAUAUAGAGUUUAAAAACUGUGGCGGUCAAAGUGACCGUCCACGGUCGUUUUAGUAGUUUUUAAGUUCCGGUCGUUGUUUGGGACCGUUUCAAUAUUUAUCUUAAGCGCUUUUUUUUUACCUUUCACGUUUUAUAGUCCUUUUUACGAUCGUUAGAUUAGCAAUAUGUGUUUUCCGUUUCUUUUUUCAGGUAAUUUCACUCUUUCAAUUUUGCUAUUCAAGUUCGACCAUGUCUCUCUGAAGUUUAAAUUGUUUAAAAAUAGUAUUAUAGUUGUUAAAUUAUUAAUUUUGGUGUCAGUCAUUUCCUAACAGACAUACUAACAUAUGCAAUGCAUUAAUAUCUCAAUUGGGUAUUUAUCUUGACAGAAUAUAGAGUUUAUAAACCGGACGUCAAUUUGACCACCCAUCGUCGUUUUAGGUAGGAGGGAAAUCCUGGUCGUUCUAUUCAAACAAGUUAUGCAUUUUAACGCAACAUCGAACUAUAUAUAAACGGUAUUGACUCAGCCUAUACCUUGUUUGAAAAUAUAUCGAUAUAACAUAAAAAGUCAAUGUACCGCCCAGCCCUAUCCCGAGAUACUUCAACUCCUUCACUUGAGGCAACAACUCAUCCCCAACCCGCAGGGAACAAGCCACCAUUUUCCGGUAGAGAACCAUGGCCUCAGACUUCGAGGUGCAGACUCUCAUCCUGACCAUUUCACACUCAGCUGCAAACCGCCCCAGUGUGUGUUGGAGGUCGUGUACUGAUGAAGCCAACAGAACAGCAUCAUCUGCAAAGAACAGAAAUGCAAUUGUGGGGGUGUGGCGGUCUAAGCAUCGGCUUUGUGUCGAUGCAGUUGCCCAGGGUUCGCGCCCUGGUCUCGUCAGAUCCGACUAUGGCCAGACGCGAUGAAGCAGCAAUAACUGGCAACGCUGUUUUUGGGAGGGGGCGGAGUCGGCUUGUGUUCGUCACAUGAAUGCGUCUCGGCCUUGUCACAAAAGUGGGGAGGCGUCUUCUUCGAGACUGCCGGCCGGAGAGAUGCAGUAGGCGAACGCAUGCAGUACGAGGGUGGGCGUUUGAACUAAAAUAAGGAUCGAUUGGCGACUAAAUUGGGAGAAGAAAGGGAAAAAUCAGGAAUAAGUUAAAAAAAGAGAUGCAAUUGUGAAAACGGACACACUCCUCACCUUGGCUGUGACUUGAGAUCCUGUCCAUGACUAUCACAAACAGAAUCGGAGACGAGGGACAACCUUGGUGGAGUCCAACACUCACCAAAAACGUGUUUGACUUUGUGCCGAGAAUGCGGACACAGUUCUCACUUUGGUUAUACAAGGACCAGAUGGCUUGUAGCAACUGCCCCAUUACCCCAUACUCCCACAGUACCUCCCACAAAGUGCCCUGGGGUACACAGCCGUAAGCCUUCUCCAAGUCCACAAAACGCAUGUAGACUGGCUGGCCAAAACUCCCAUGCCUCUGUCAGCACUUAAGCAAGGGUAAAGAGUUGGUCCGUUGUUCUACGGCCAGGGCGGAAUCUGCACUGUUCCUCUUGGAUCCGAGGUUCGACAAUCGGUCGGAGCCUCCUUUCCAGCAUCCUAGAGUAGACUUUCCUAGGGAGAAAUUCAUUUUUUUUAAUAUAAAUGUAUUUCUAGUUUUUCCCCUUAUCCCACCCGAUUAAUCCAAUGGCAUAUGGCCGGAACUCUUGGCGAAUAACUCCCCUGGCUCACGUUUCAACAGGAAGGAGAUAGGCGUAACACCAGCUUCCUUCAAACUCGUGUCGGCUGCUCGCGCUAUUUUACACACUGAAGCCUCGCAUGGAUUGCAUCACCUUCAAGCCGCGAAGAAGGCGUAGGGAGAAUGCUUUCAGUUGCAGACGCUCGGGUGGGCCAGAGGGGUCGCUGGAGAACGACGAGUCCCCGAAGACUACACCGAUCUACACCCACUAUCCCUCGGGUAAGGGUGGCCUAAUGAAUGCCUUACCCCGUGGACGCUCUGGCCGUGACCGGUUGCGGCGAGUCAGCGGCCCCUAGGGAGAAAUUCUGAUAUGAAAAUAUAAAUCACCAUUGCAACAAUACUAGGUUGCUUCUAGAUUUGUUCACAUUAGUUUGAAUUGAAUUGUUAGUACUGCGAAUUUAAUGUAAAUGGAAUAAAUAAACUUGACUCACCCUACUCAUAGUUGGGGUCCUUUUUUGCCAUUUUCUUUUUCUUUGCCCCUGUAAAAUAAUGCAUGGUUGUAGUUUUACUGGCAAGUAUCAAAUUGGAUUGCAGUACCAUGUGUAUUUCAGAGCAUAAAUACCUGAGGCUUGUUCUUUCUGCAACCAAUUGUCUCUGUAGAGACACCCUGCCAAGCCGGAGGUAACACGGGGAUUUGAACUGCCAACC